AGGGCGCGGGGACUCGCGGCGCUCGGGAGGGGGGCCCCGCCGCGGUUUGCGUGCUCGAAAGACCCGGGAAACCCGUGCGGUCCGUCGGCUUCCCCUCCGCAGGGAGGCCUCCGAGGGCCCGGCUCUGCCCACCKGUGCUGCUGCUCUACAGCCCCUUUUGUGUUGCGGAACUGAUUUAGAGACGGCGUCUGGCAAAAUGGACCAACACCGAACUCCUGCAGAUACUGCCCUUUGAGGCGCUCGGGCACUCGGAAGGGUUCCGAGGCCAAGACAAGGUGUCGCUCUGCCGCCCCAGGCGGUGCUGCAGUGGGCGCGCUGGCCUGCUGGGAUGCGUUCUUGAGGGAAAGGAAUCGCAUGAUAUCCUUGAUUUGCAGAAGGCAUCUCAAAAUGUUGUGUCGAGCUGCUCUGAGCCCUAUUGUCCGUUGCCCCGGAUGGUGCUUUGUGUUACAGCCGCAUGCCAUCGCUGCCAUUUCCCGUUUAUACCUUCCUUGCCAUAACCAAAGAUUAAGGAAUGAAUCCAUCCGUUGCUGGAGCAACAUUCCAUUUAUCACCGUCCCACUCAGUCGCACGCACGGAAAGUCAUUUGCACACCGCAGUGAGCUGAAGCACGCAAAGCGGAUUGUAGUAAAGCUGGGUAGCGCUGUCGUUACUCGAGGUGAUGAGUGCGGCUUGGCCCUCGGGAGGCUGGCUUCUAUUGUAGAACAGGUCUCGAUGCUGCAAAAUCAGGGCCGAGAGAUGAUGAUUGUCACCAGUGGGGCCGUAGCUUUUGGAAAGCAGCGGUUGCGUCACGAGAUCUUGCUUUCUCAGAGUGUGAGGCAAGCACUUCAUUCGGGCCAGAGUCAGCUUAAAGAUAUGGCUAUUCCGGUCUUGGAAGCCCGAGCCUGYGCAGCAGCUGGACAGAGUGGACUGAUGGCUCUGUACGAAGCCAUGUUUACACAGUACAGCAUCUGUGCAGCUCAAAUAUUAGUCACCAACCUGGAUUUUCACGACGAGCAGAAGCGUCGCAACUUAAAUGGAACGUUACACGAGCUUUUAAGGAUGAAUAUCGUCCCUAUAAUUAACACUAACGAUGCAGUUGUUCCACCUCCAGAGCCAAACAGUGAUCUGCAGGGGGUAAAUGUAAUUAGUGUGAAGGAUAACGACAGUCUGGCAGCACGAUUGGCUGUGGAAAUGAAAACUGAUCUCCUGAUUGUUCUUUCAGAUGUAGAAGGACUCUUUGACAGCCCUCCAGGCUCUGAUGAUGCAAAGCUCAUCGAUAUAUUCUACCCGGGAGACCAGCAGUCCGUGACAUUUGGAACCAAAUCCAGAGUGGGAAUGGGCGGCAUGGAAGCCAAGGUGAAAGCAGCUCUGUGGGCCCUGCAAGGGGGCACCUCUGUAGUGAUUGCAAAUGGAACCCACCCAAAGAUCUCCGGUCAUGUCAUUACAGACAUUGUAGAAGGGAAAAAAGUCGGAACUUUCUUUUCAGAGGUAAAACCUGCAGGCCCUACAGUAGAACAGCAGGCUGAAAUGGCUCGAGCCGGUGGCAGGACCUUGGCAGCUCUGCAGCCUGAACAGAGAGCRGAGAUUAUUUAUCGUCUUGCUGAUUUACUAACGGACCAGAGAGAAGAAAUUCUCUUGGCAAACAAAAAGGACUUACAGGAGGCUGAAAAUAAAGGGAGAUUGGCACUCCCUUUGUUGAAACGCCUAAGUCUGUCUACUUCAAAGCUUAACAGCUUGGCUAUUGGUCUGCGUCAGAUCGCAGCAUCCUCACGAGACAGCGUCGGCCGUGUAAUUCGACGAACUCGAAUAGCAAAAGACCUGGAUUUGGAGCAGGUGACGGUGCCCAUUGGCGUCCUUCUCGUGAUCUUUGAGUCUCGUCCCGACUGUCUUCCGCAGGUCUCUGCUUUGGCCAUAGCCAGUGGAAAUGGCUUAUUACUUAAAGGAGGGAAAGAGGCAGCGCAUAGCAAUCAAAUCCUUCAUCAUCUGACGCAAGAAGCCCUUUCUGUUCAUGGAGUCAGAGAUGCGGUGCAACUGGUGAACACAAGAGAGGAAGUAGAAGAUCUCUGCCGUUUGGAUAAGUUGAUAGAUCUUAUCAUUCCACGUGGUUCAUCGCAGCUAGUCAGGAAUAUCCAGAAAGCCGCUAAGGGAAUCCCAGUGAUGGGACACAGCGAAGGGAUCUGUCACGUGUAUGUUGACAYGGAUGCCAGUGUUGAGAAGGUCACACGAAUAAUCAGAGAUUCAAAAUGUGAAUAUCCUGCUGCCUGUAAUGCUCUGGAAACUCUCUUAAUUCAUCGAGACUUGCUGAGAACCCCAUUGUUCGAUCAGAUCAUAGACAUGCUGAGAGUAGAGCAGGUGAAGAUUCAUGCUGGCCCAAAGUUUGCAUCUUACUUGACAUUCAGCCCUUCAGAAGUGAAAUCUCUGCGCACAGAAUACGGGGACCUGGAGUGCUGUAUUGAGGUGGUAGACAGCGUUCAAGAGGCCAUUGAACAUAUCCACAAGUAUGGAAGUUCCCAUACAGAUGUUAUUAUCACAGAAAAUGAGAAAACAGCAGAGUUUUUUCUCCAGCAUGUGGAUAGUGCAUGUGUUUUCUGGAACGCCAGUACCCGAUUCUCCGAUGGCUACAGAUUUGGACUCGGCGCCGAAGUGGGAAUUAGUACUUCGCGUAUCCACGCACGCGGACCGGUUGGAAUCGAAGGACUCUUAACUACGAAGUGGUUGUUAAGGGGGGACAAUCACGUUGUUUCUGACUUUUCGGAGCACGGGAGCAUGAAGUAUCUUCAUGAGAGCCUCCCUCUCCCUCAGAGAAACGCCAGCUAAGAAUGUCGGGGGAGAAAACCCAG